AUGGAGACGGCUUAUGCAAAUAUUAAUGGGCAAAUUUGGUUGUUCUGUGAUGCAGUGGUGGAAUGGGAAUUAGUGGAGGAUACCGAGCAACAUGUGACUGUGAGAGUGCUUCACCAUGACCUGGGGAAGCACAUGAUGAUGACAUUUGUUUAUGAAAAAUGUUCAGCAAUGGAGAGGUUGGAAUUGUGGGAUCACUUGAAUUACUUAGCAAGUGAUAUGAAAUUGACAUGGUUGGUAGGAGGGGAUUUCAAUGUGAUAUUACAUGAAGAUGAGAAUAUAGGAGGACUACCAAACUGGAUCAGAACAUGCGCCAUUGUUAAUGACAUGUGGGGAGCAGACCACCAAUUUUGUCAAGCCUUUCAGAAGCUCAAGAGGAUGAAGGCAGCACUGUCAAAAUGGAGUAGGGAAACAUUUGGUGAUAUCUUCAAGAAGUUGGCUAUUUUGGAAGACAUUGUUAGGGUGAAAGAGAUGUUGUUUGAAGAAGAGCCUACGAUUGAGAAUAGGAUUGUGCUUCAAAAGGCUCAAUCUGAAUUGAAGAAAUACUUGAGUAUUGAGGAGAAGUAUUGGAAGCAAAAAGCUGGGAUGACUUGGUUUGCUGAAGGAGAUAGGAAUACAAGUUUCUUUCAAAAUUAUGUCAAUGGCAAAAGAAAGAAAUUGCAACUAAAGAGGAUCAAAAGUGGGAGUGGGGUAUGGAUUGAAUACCAGGAGUAA